AUGGGGCAUUACUUCGUUGUUCGUGCAUCUGUGGUCGAUGGCGAGGUACCACUACUCCUUAGCAGAAAGGCUCUCAGCACGCUCGGCAUGGUGUACGACAUUGAGGCCCACAGCACAAGCUUUAAGCACCUAGGGGUGGAGAACUUCAGACUCCUCACGACAGAUAACGGCCACCCCGCGAUCCAAGUGAAUCCACGGCCCUCAGAGAGUCCGAAACUGCCGUCGCUCAAAGAGUGGGCAGAGGAUGAGGUGAAGAUCUUUUCCUUCGCACGAGAGCAAUACAUGGCCCAUAGUGUGCUCAUGACUGCAGUUGAGGGACAUGUUGGCUCUGAACACCCCGUUGGCCCUAAGAAUAAGCAAUUUCCACCUGGAGGACCGCUGGGCAACAUGACUCCAAGAAUUUUCUAUCCGGAGAAGAUCGAUGCUGCAGUCCGACAUAUCCUUUGUGACGUGCCUCUAAAGGUAGAGUCAUUUGCAGCAUGGUGGGCGCGAACACCUAUCUCCAAGGAUCUCUGGAUUGAGACCGCUAGUUCCUUCGUGAGAGUGCAUGUGGUGCCCCGAAAAGGUUUCUUCGAUCCUUCGUGCUGGAACACCGACCAAGAGGAGAACAAGUCGCGACUGCUGGCUGCAUUGGGACAGAUUAGAAGCGCAUCGGCAAUCUCACGCAGUAACCUCAGCGGCAUGCAGCAGAUCCAUGACACGUGGAUAGAUACAGAAGACACUUCACAUCCUAUAUUGUGGAUCGGUAGGACGAUUUUUUCUCGAGAAAAUGUGUGGAACAUGUCAAAGGAGCAACUGAUGGCGAAGGCCCGGGCCUUGAACAUCACCAUCCACCAGUCAUGGUCUGCAGGAGAAUUGCGCCAACUCAUACAGGAGAAGAAGGAGGCCAUGGGCGACAUGUCUUCGGCGCCGAAAGGGCUUGCAUCGAUGAACAAAGAGCAGUUGGCGAGCGAGCGCAGGCGCCUGGAGACACCGGUUCCGGAGGGGGCCACCAAGGGGCACAUGGCCUUGCUCAUCAGGGAAGUCGCUGCGAGAGGCAAGGAAGGAUGCAAUGCAGACCUUGUAUCCUUGAGCGAGUACGCUGGACGUGUGCUGGGCGAGACGACGGAGAUGGACGAUCCGGAGUCAUCCCCAAUGGUUCCCAUGCCGGCGGAGCACCACCACAUGUCGGCAUGGAGCGCAUCAGUGUGGGAGGACGAGUACUGGCUGCCACUGGAGGCGACGGACCAGUCCCAGCUUCCUAUCAUGAACCCGAGAGCAAAGUCAUCAACCGCGGCAUCCUCGAAGAGCCCGCCCACGGAGGCACCGCCGAAGCGACCGGCGAACUCAGAGGAGGCAGAGAAGAUGGCAGUGGACAUCCCGCCGGAGAUCCAGGAGGAACUCGAGGUCGGAAGAGAUCUGGACUAUGAAGACCUGUCGGAGGGCAACCAUUUGGAAGUUGAGGGUGCGCCUGGCGAGAUGGAUACUCUUCGGGUCCUGUCCUAUGCUGGUGGAACCGACAUAGGGGCAGGCGAUUGUUUCUUUGAUUGCCAGGAGAAUACUCCAGCAGAAGAUGGGGGGUCCGACAAGGGAUCAGUUGAGGUGCAGGCCAAGAAGCUUCUGGCACAAAAAGAGUUCAGCUUUGAAGCGUGCGAGCAGAUUGUGUGGUGCCCGUCCGGGUAUGCGCCGGGUGCCCGGGUAUGCGCCGGGUAUGCGCCGGGUAUGCGCCGGGUAUGCGCCGGGUGCCCGGGCAUGCGCCGGGUGCCCGGGUAUGCGCUGGGUAUGCGCCGGGUGCCCGGGUAUGAUGUGAAUAACUUGGCCGGCAGUCUCGAUUGGGUCAUUGCGUUUGGGGACUUCAACCAAGGGGGACUUUGGCUUGAGCAGAGCAGUGUUCAAACCGAGGAUGACGGAGAGCCCGGAGCACAUGAAACAGUACUCUCUGAUGGGACGAAGGCCAAGGGAGAGAUCGUCAACAUCCGUCACCACAUGACAUCCUUUUCCCCUAAGACACGUCACGCUGUUGAACAGUGGUCCGGCAACAGGUGCAGCAUCGUCGCCUACGCCACCCGCGGGAUCAACGAACUGGCAAGGCCCGAGAGGGAUGCGCACUCAGAAGGUGACGCUGGAAGAGGGGAACGGGAACAUGUCCUGAGGCCAAAGAAGAGUGUGCGCCGGAGCCUAUGGAAAGGGGCGAGGCGAGCUAGCUCAUUGAUGACCCUCGGGCUAGCUGCAGCGACUUCAUUCAUUAGCGAGUUCCUUCCCCCUGGGAAAACACCCGGUCAGGCAUGCUUGCUGGAGAUCGGCGGCGAUAAGCUCACAUACGAGGCUAUUGAACAUGGCUUCUCAACCAUUGAACCACUAUCAUGGGCCGAUUUCAUGAACACAGACCUUAUCACGAAUGUGCGCGACACGAUAUCUACCCUCAAACCCCAUGUUAUCUGGUUCCCAGGUACCGACAAUACGCUCGAGGUCGGGGAGGACUUCAUGAACACCGUCAUGUACCAGCUCAGUUUGGGAGGAUCUGUAGUCUACCAGGCUAAGAUAGUCGACCCCAUUUGGACCAUGCCCUCUAUACAACAGCUGAUACGUGAUCAACCCCACUCGCUCGAGGACCUCGAUGGAAUCCGUCGUUUACGAGUUGGAGAACAUGUCGAGGAUCGACGCCUGUUUCUUGACGCUGCAGGAAGUGAAUGUGAAGCACAUGUCGCAUCUCAUGCUGGUAGGGAAGGUCGAUGUGAUCAUCAGGGAGCCUCUGCCAUUCGUUUUGACGGUGAUGUUCCGAAACAUGUUCAGACAGCCCUAACUAGAUUGCAUCAGAAUCUUGGGCACCCAAAGGUCAUUGAUAUGGUGCGACAUCUCCGCUAUGCUGGGGCAGAGGAAGCAGUGCUCAAGGCAUGCAAAUUGAUGCGAUGUGAUGUAUGUGAUCGAAAUCAGAAGACUGGCAGCGCUAGACCAGCUGUGCUGCCAUCACUCCUCGACAUGAACCAAGUAGUCAGCAUUGAUGUGUUUUCCGUCUUCGAUUGCAAUCGUGCGAGGCACGAAUUCCUAUCAGUCAUCGAUCACGCGACAACCUUCCACUUGGUUGCUGAACUUGAGGGUCACUCCGGGGAUGCAUUCUGCAAGCAGUUUACGCAACUCUGGGGUAAUGUGUUCGGGGCACCAGGCACCAUCUCUGCUGACUUGGAAACAGGUCUGCAAACGGGGGUGGCGAAGUAUGCGGAGUUCCACGGCAGUCGGUUGAGAAGCUCAGCUGGCCAAGCACACUGGCAACAGGGCAUAGUCGAGAGACAUGGCCUUUGGUAUCAGGAGAUCCUGCAAAGGGUUAUCGAUGAUAAGUCAAUUACAUCCGAAGACAUGUACAUGGCUGUGCAAGCGGUGAACAGUGCAAAGAAUGAGUUGCGGAGGCGACAUGGAUUCUCCCCUUCCCAGGCAGUCUUUGGUAGGGACCCGCGUGCUCCUGAGGAACUUUGUGCUGGCGUCGACGAGGAACGCUUCAUUGAGAUCAUGACGGAGGACAAGCGACGACAGAGAGAGGAGCACCUGAGACCAGCUACCGCCGAAGAGAUGGGAGAGAUUUUCUCUACACGUAUCGCCAGGGAUGACCUCGAGAGGCUGCUCGAACUGGACCCCGACGAUCCUGAAACAUAUGAACUGCCAGACACCGAACCUGUUGCUGACGACGACCCACAACAAGCCAUGUCACCUGUGCUCGAAGAGGACUUUGACCUUGAUCCUGAAGAAGAUUGGAGUUCCAGUAUGACCUCGAAGGUGGAGAUGGGGGAGACGACGACAACGCCACCACCGAAGGCCGUGACAAUGAUCGAAAGAGGAGAGAAGAUCCCGCGGCACAUCCUAGAGAACAUUUGGACCACCAUGCGCUUGAACCGCUUUCAGUGGAGGCAAGCAUUGGAGCCGCCGCAAGAUAGACCCGAAGACACCUUGGAAACCAAGGCGCGCCUUGUAGUGUCAGGACAUAAAGAUCCAGAUGUUCGCCACUUGGAAACCGACGUGCCCACCAUCGGGAGACUUACCAUCUUAACUCUGAUGCAAAUCCUGAGCAGUCGCAAGAAGAGCGACAACUGGGUGGCCACUGCGGGCGACAUCACCGCAGCCUUUCUCAACGGAGAUGAGAUGUACCGUGAGCUUUACCUACGACAGCCUAAAUACGGUUUGAAGGGUUUGGAGAGUGACCAACUCCUACGGAUUAGGAAGGGCAUUUUUGGCCUUCCUGACUCGCCCAGGAAAUGGUGGAAGCGGCUAAAGAGGGACCUCCUCAACAUCGAGAUCAUCCACGAAGGACAGACCAUGCACUUUGUUCAGUGUCCCCUAGACCCUUGCUUGUUUCAACUUGUAAAAGGGGAUUCCCCGACACCACUUGCCUAUAUCGGCGUCCACGUUGACGAUCUUCUGGUAGUCGGGCCGAAAUCGCUCGUUUCGAAUCUCAAAGAGAAGCUCUCCAGCAUCUUUCCAGUGGACAGCUGGGAGGAGGAUGAGUUUGAAUACAUAGGGUCAUACGUCCGCAUCACGGAAGAGGGUGUCUACAUUAACCAGGAGUCCUAUGCCAGCUCAAGACUCUUCGAGGUGGAACUGGUCCGGGGACAGGACGACCUUGAUGAGGCAUCGGAAACGCAGAGGAUCGACAAUCAGUCCCUUGUAGGUGUCGGCAGUCCCGUCCUGACCUACAAUGCGGAGUAUCACUUGCGCAACAACUCCAAAAGAGGGAUAUGCUUGAAGCCGCUAAAUUUAUCUUCCUUGGAAUAUCUGGUUUUUCAUGACUCUGCGUGGGCCAACACCACCCUUGAGGGCGAGGCCGGGUUCAUCUUGACCGAAGAGGAUCAUCAGGCCGGCAUCAUGCAUAACACCCCUUGCGACAAGAAAGCAAGGAAAGCCAAGAAGGAGAACUCAAAGGUGGCCAGCCAAAUGGGCAUCUUGAUCGCGCUGACGGACCCGAAGCACUAUCAGUCUGGUGGAGGUGCAGUGAGUGUUCUCGACUGGAAAUCCUCAGCCAACCCGCGAGUCUGUCGUUCCACAUUCGGGGCCGAAACAACAGCAUGCUCCGAAGCCAUAGAAAUGGGUCUAUAUGUUCGUUCAUUCAUCGAGACAGUCCUCAGGGGAGAGCUUUGUCGAGUUGAAAGCCUAGCCGGGGGAAAACUCCGCUGCAUCACAGACUGCAAAUCCUUGUAUGACCACUUGCACUGCGAGGGCGCGCCUCGUGUGCCGUCAGACAAACGUCUGGCGAUUGACCUUGCAGCUCUGCGACAGGCAUUCCACCUUGAGAGGAUUGUAGACAAGAUCCCGCUGUACUGGCUCCCAGCCGAAUAUCAACUCGCUGACAUCUUGACUAAGCCAAAGUGUUCUGCCGAUUGGUGGGCCUGUGUCAAUAGCCGGAUCCGAUUACCUUUUGUAAAGCCAGCAUGA